AUGCGGCAAGACACUGGCGAGAGAAAGCAAGCAGAGAGACUUGGAGUACAGCCCCCCAAGAAGUACAGACACACCUUUGCCGUUCAUUCUGCCACCAGAGCUUCAUGUCUGAGCCAGGAUUCGGCUGCACCCACCAGCUUUACUGGCUUCAGGAAUCUAGGCGCCCUGGUAAUCAUUGUAUCUAAUUUGCGCUUGAUGAUUGAGAACUUCAAAAAGUACGGUGUCCUGAUAUGUAUCCAUUGUCAUGACUAUCGCCGGCAGGAUGUCGUGUACGGCAGCAUCCUCUACUUCCUAGUUCCUUGUCAUCUGUUCGUUGCCUACAUUAUUGAGCUUGUUGCUGCUCAGCAAGCCAAGGGCGCUCUUGCUAGAGCCAAGAAGAUGGGUGUCGACUCACCAGCCAAUUCAAGCCAACGAAGACAAGAACUACGAGCUUUCCGUACCGCAUGGCAUCUGAUCGCCUUCGCACAUGGUGUCAAUGCCACCCUCAACUUGGCCCUUGCAACAUACGUUGUUUACUAUCAUAUCCACCAUCCCGGUAUUGGCACGUUGUGCGAGUUACAUGCUGUCAUUGUAUGGCUCAAGACGUGCUCGUAUGCUUUUACCAACCGCGAUCUACGACAUGCCUUGCUCUAUCCUUACGCAAGCGAGGUUCCAGAGCUGUACAGCUCUUGCCCAUACCCGCAGAACAUCACUCUUCGCAAUCUGACCUAUUUCUGGUGGGCUCCAACUCUAAUCUACCAGCCAGUGUAUCCGAGAACUGAUAAGAUUCGCUGGCCUUUCGUCUUCAAACGCUGUGUCGAAGUCGUGGGUCUCAGCAUUGUCAUUUGGAUCGCAAGUGCCCAAUACGCAGCUCCCCUCUUGAAAAACUCACUGGGAACUAUAUCUUCGCUGGACCUGCCCUCCAUCGCCGAGCGUCUCAUGAAGCUGUCAACUAUCUCGCUCUUCUGUUGGCUAGCUGGAUUCUACGCUCUCUUCCAAUCCUUCCUGAAUGCCCUUGCGGAAGUCAUGCGCUUCGGCGACAGAGAGUUUUAUGGUGAAUGGUGGAACAGCAGUGGAGUAAGAGGAUACUGGUCUUCUUGGAACAAACCAGUCUUUCAAUUCAUGAAGCGACAUAUCUACUCCCCAAUGGUCGGACGAGGCGUGCCACCGCUCGUCGCUCAGAUCAUGACUUUCCUUUUCUCUGGCGUGCUUCAUGAGCUGCUGGUCGGUGUUCCGACUCAUAACAUUCUUGGUGUGGCAUUUGCUGGUAUGAUGUUUCAGUUACCGUUGAUCUUCCUGACAGAUCCGCUGGCUAGGAUGAAAGGAGGCAAUGGAAAGCUUCUGGGCAAUGUCAUCUUCUGGGUGUCUUUCUGUCUCGUCGGGCAACCGUUGGCUGCACUCAUGUACUUUUUUGCCUGGCAGGCCAAGUAUGGCAGUGCCAGUAAGCCGCAGCUCUGGAGUACUUCAUAG